AUGAAAGUUUACAGUUUAGCUUUGGUGGCGAUCAUCUCCACAACCGGCUGCCAAGCCUUUUCACCAGUGAGUCUGACUGGACAAUCAAAGGCAGCACGACAUGUGAUUUUCCGACCACGACAACCAUUGUUUGCCGAAGAGGCGCCUCAGGUUCCCAUUGUAAAAGUCAUGGAUCCACCACCACCACCACCUGUUGUAAAAAUCAUGGAUCCGCCAGCUCCUGCACCAGCUGCAGCAGUUGUGGUUCCACCUCCUGCACCAGCAAUGCCAGCUCCUGUCUCUACUAUCACACCACCACCAGCAACAACGGCUCAAGCAGUCGAGCUGGAAGAAUUGCGGACUGAGUUAAAGGAAGCCGAAAAGCAAAAUGAAGAAAUAAAGCAAGAGAUGAAAGCAAUGGAAAGCAAGGUCGAAAAGAUGGAAAGUCAAGUGGAAAAGAUUACUACCGAAGCCACCAAACCAGCACCAGCACCAACCACUCCUCCUCCACCACCCAAACCAACUCCGGAAGAAUUGCGCGCCAAGGCCGAAGACGAAGCCCGCAAGGAAAAGUUGCGCAAAGAGGCCGAGGUGGCUGCCAAAAAGGUGCAAGACGAAAAGGCACGAUUGCAAAAGGCCGAAGAUGAAAAGAAGGCGCUGGUCGACAAACUCAAUAGCGUCCGAAAAACGGAUGCUGUCAAGAAGGAUCUCAAACCAUCACUCCCCAGAACGAUUCCCUUUGAUCCCAAUGCCAGUACUAACAACAACAACAACAACAACAACAAUGUCAUGACAAUGAUGAAGCCACCGGCGCUCCCCAACUUUGAUCCAUCGUCCGUCACCAAGGAAAAGGCUACGAUUGCGGGAGGCAUUCUAGGUGCACUAGUCUUGGGACGAUUUGUAUUGUCGAGCCGGGAGGAAGUGAAAGAUGAGGCUGCAACCAAGAGACAAACAAAAUCCAUUCGAUCGACCAUUGCCAUCAAAGAUGCCUCUGGGAAACCAAAGAAGGAAAAGGCUUCGACCCGGAUUGCAAAAGCAGCUGCCAAAGUGGCAAACAAGCAACUAGAAAAGAAGGGAGAAUCAGCACCAACGAAAAGUGCCUCUGCACCAGCACCAGCUCCUGCUAGUACUACUGGCAGUACGACUAGUACACCAGCACCAGUACCAGUACCAGUACCAGUACCAGUACCAGCACCACCUACGGCUAGUAGCACUACUCCAUCAUCAGGUUCGGCGCAAAAAUCAGUGUCCAACAAUGGGGGAUCCUACCUGGACUCUCUUGGUGGCAGUAAAAGUAGUUCAUCGGCUGUCAAGAGUUCUUACUCUCCCUUUGGAAGCAAGCCAAAGGCUGCUGUGACGUCCAACAAUUUUAUGUAUACACCACCCGGUGUCAAUCCAACGACUCCUUCCACACCUGCGAAGGAAAACAAGCAUCAGGAGACACCACCCAUGGCCGCUUCGUCAUAUGCUCCAUUUGGAGCCAAUGAUGCGCCACCAAAGAAUGCUUCUCCUUUUGAUUCUUCUUCCAGCAAUGGAGUGUCUUCUCCUCCGCCAUACUCUCCUCCUCCUCCAGCUCAAAACGAAACACCUGCGGCUCCAAGCCAACAACAACAACAACAGCAGCAGCAAUCUCCUUUGCCACCUCCCAAGGGCAAUACUGCUGGAAAGACAUCAUAUCUACCCUACGGAAAGAAACCGCAAGGGAAGCCAUGGUGGAAUAGUCCCAAAUAA